GACGGCCGUUGGGCUGGCAGUCAGGCUGGCCGCGGGGCUGGCCGUCGGGCUGGCCGUCGGGCUGGCCGUGGGGCUGAUAGUCGGGCUGGCCGUGGGGCUGGCUGUCGGGCUGGCCGUGGGGCUGGCUGCCGGGCUUGUCGCGGGGCUGGCCGUUGGGCUGGCAAUCGGGCUGGCCGUGGGGCUGGCCGUCGGGCUGGCCGUGGGACUGGACGUGGGGCUGGCCGCUGGGUUGUCCGUGGGGCUGGCCGCGGGGCUGGCCGCAGGGCUGGCCGCAGGGCUGGCCGACGGGCUGGCAGCCUGCGGCAGCCGCCUCGGCGGCGGCCUCGGCGGCAGCGCCCGCGGCGCCAGCGGCACACCAGGCGCUGGCAGCGUGCGCGGCGGCGCCCGCGCGGCCCCUGGCGCACGCGGCACCGGCGGCGCCAGCGGCGCCCGCGGCGGCCGCAGCGCGCACCGCGCCAGCGGCAGGAGCAGCGGCACCAGCAGCACCAGAGGCGCCAGCAGCCGCCGCAGCGCCGGCGGCGCCAGCGGCGGCCACGGCACCGGCGGCGCCGGCGGCGACCGCGGCGCCAGCAGCGCGCACGGCAGCCACGGCGCCCUCGGCGCCAGCGGGGGCCGAGGCGCCUGCAGCGCCGGCAGCGAGCACCGCGCGCUCCCGGGCGAGCCGCCGCUGCCGCCGCCUCCGCGACGCUGGGGACUCCACGGCGGCCCGGCGGCAGCGCGUCAGGGCGGCACCGCCCACGCCGUGCCG